GAAUUUAUACUGCACUGCAGUCGUGCCGAUGUAAAUUCCCGACAAAUCGCCCACAUUAUCUCACCGAAAAACGACACUUAUUAGGCUCAAAGAAACAGGAGCUUUGCAGAAAUGACUGAUGGAAGACACGAUGAAUGAUAAUAACAUCUGAGAUCAACAAUUUGAGGAAAUCAGGGAUUGUUUGGACAGUGAUCAGGCUGAUGCUCCCCAUUCACCACAGCCAUGUCUUUCAGACGCUUCCUCCGUGCUACAGGAAGUCGCAGCAUGUCUGCCAAGCCUCGAGAUGAGGACAUUGAGGAUGAAUAUGCCGGGGAGGUGGCCGUCCAUCCAGAGACCCACAGGCCUACGUACGUGUGGGACACCAUGAAGAACCGGUCAUCCACAGGGUAUAGGGUGGUCACUCCGGUCUGCCCGGACACGCCCAAACCUGAAGGGGCCGUACGCUUUGUCUGUAUUUCCGACACGCACAACCAAGCGGCCCGACUUAUCCAAACUCUCCCCGCCGGCGACGUUCUGAUCCACGCGGGCGACUUCACCAACACGGGUCGCCCGAGUGAAGUUAAGAGAUUCAACGAAUUCUUAGAUCACACCAGGUUCGUUUGCAUCUCCGACACCUUUUCGAGGACGAGUCACAUGGCUAAGAUUCCGGAGGGGGAUAUCUUGAUCCACGCUGGGAAUUUCAGCAACAUUGGACUGCCAAGGGAAGUGGUAGCCUUCAAUGAGUUUCUGGGCCACUUGCCCCACCGGCACAAGAUCGUGAUCGCCGGUAACCACGAGGUGACCUUUGACCGGCAGCUGAUGACGGAGCAGAACAGCCACGUCUUCAUGAGCUUUGCCACCGCGUUGCAGGAGGUCAAGCAGGAAGACUGGAAGCACAUCCCGGCCUUGCUGACCAACUGCACCUACCUGGAGGAUGCCGAGGUCAACAUCAUGGGAUUCCGCAUCUAUGGAUCACCAUGGCAACCAGAGUUCUGUGACUGGGCCUUCAAUUUACAGAGAGGCCAGCCGCUACUAGACAAAUGGAACCUCAUCCCUGCCGGUAUUGACGUCCUUGUCACGCACGGACCACCCUUAGGUCACGGUGAUUUGACCACCUCCAAAGAGCGAGCCGGCUGCGUGGAACUCCUCACCACGGUCCAGCGUCGGGUCAAACCCAAAUACCACAUCUUUGGUCACAUCCACGAGGGCUACGGCGUGACCACAGACAACAAGACCACGUUUAUCAACGCUUCAAUCUGCACGGUCAACUACAGCCCUUCCAACAAACCCAUCGUGUUUGACUUGCCCACACCAAAGAUACCCAACAUGGAGGCCGAGACAUCGCUCUGACUUAUCACCUCUCACCUUUGACCUCUGAUGAAGGAUCAUGAAGCGCAGAUACCUUGGAGGUUUUCGAAAUCACGGCUUAGUUCUCAACUUUGGCUUAUUGGUACUUCCAUUUGGUUUCAAAUUUAAGGCUUGUUUGUUUUCAAGCCAGAGAUGAAACCAAAGUUGGAAACCAAGCCACAAUUUCGAAAACACUCGUAUUGUUAUAUUGACCUUUUUGUGACCCCUGGUGUUGUGACCUUUGACACCAUGUGCAAUGCUGUACAUCUGAACUUCAUCUGCAAAGUUAGGCAAGUUGAAAAUAAUGUGGCUAGUUUUAGGAGCAUAGAGUAGGCUUUGAGGAAUGAGGAUAUUCAUGUGACGUCAAGUCAGGUGACCUGUAAAGACCAAUCACAUGUGAGUAUGCAAGUCAUGUGACUUGCAGUGACCAAUCAGAUUUGAGUAUACAUAGUUGUGCCAUCGUGUUGCAACCAAGUUUCAUCAAACUUCCAACUGAUGUAGUCAGGUUGAAAAUUGAGCAUUUUUGUAUCAACAAUUUUUUUAUACCAGGUUUUGCUCGUUUUCACAGGAAACCACCACAUAAAGCUAAAAACUGGCCAAAUAUUUGGGCAAUAAGUGAGAGCUUUGUAUCACUUCAGCUUGCUACUGACAUGACUGAAAGGUUUAUGCUGCAACGAAGGUUUGGUUCAUGUUCAUUGAUAAGCAAAGACCUUCGAUGUCGGUGAUGUAGUAAAGAAAGAGGACUCCAAAAUUUCUCAUUGUUGAAAGUUUUUAGGAGUGCCAAAGUUGCACCAUUGCUUUUACGCCAUUUUUUACUGACAACGAUGUUGCUUUUAUGAUACCUUUUUGGUGAUACUUUUUUGUAAAAGUUUGUUCUUGAGAAAGUCCUUGUCCGUUUUUAA